AUGGGGACACGUCCAGCCUCGUUCCAGCCGAGCAAGAUCUCGAGGCGAAACCGACUCACCAGCCGACUCACAAGGAUAAAGCGGUACCCGUGCCCAGAGCUCCAUUGCCGCAGCGCGUUCAACAGAGACUCGGACUUGCAAAGACACCGCAAAUGCAUUCACGAUCGUAUACCUACUCUUGGGGACACAUGCGUCUAUCGCUGUACUGUGCCUGGCUGCGCGGGCAGACGGAAGCGACUUGAUCACUUCAAGAAGCAUGUCAAGCAAGCCCACCCGGAUCAUGACCUCGACUGCGUUGUCCGCGAAUCUGCCGUUCCUGUCGUCGAUACCUUGCGCACAAACUUCGAAGAUUCAAGGUCUCGCCAAAGGAGCUCUGAAGUUGAAGCACACCAUCAUCAUUCAGCAUCAUACGCCGAGCUUGAGUACGCCGAGCUUGAGUACGCCGAGGAUGACUGUUCUGAACGCAUCCAUGGUGAAGCAGCUCAACAGUACUCGGAACUCACCAAAAGCCUGCCACGCUCUUCAGACACCCUGUCGCAGCCUCCUCUCCGAGCCACGCGGGCCUCCUCAAGGGCUCCUAUCAAGUACAGCCAGUCCCCAUUGGGAGUGGACGAAGGAGGUGCUGCACUCAACCACGCCACCAUCGUGAAGAUACUUCAGAGACUCAAUACCAUACACGUAAACUGGACACAAUGUUCGGAGCUGCCUACCGAUCCAACCUCCUUCGUCCCCUCUAUUGAGCAUGACAGUCGUGUCGUUCCGAGCGAUGGCUACGGUGACAAUUACAACCAGGCUUCGGGAUGUUUCCACGGCCUGCUACCUACUGGCAAUGGAGGUCCCAGCAGUGGCGGCGGCCCUGGCAAAGGGAAGGAGCCCGCCAGAGGACAAGGCUGGCGAAAUGCCAAUGCAUCUGACGCCAGAUCGAAUGCAACCUCGGAUGGUGUAUUAAGUGGACUACCCUGUGUCUUCUGCCUGUUCCACGACCCAACAGAUGAUCCCACUCGUGAUUGCUGCACGCGGAAACGAUACAUUUGCUACUUAUGGCCUCAUCACUACCGACACGACUUCACCUGCUGCUGGACGUGCUUCACGAGGUUCGAAAAUCGAGAAGCGCUUGAGCUUCAUCGGCGAAACGGUUGUACAUCUAUCUGUCUGGACCCAGCCUGUCGGAACUACGACAGGCCAUCUACAGCAGACUCACCAUGCACACACAAUACUCAGUUUUCGGCGAUUGUCAGAUGGCAACGACUUUAUCGAGAGGCCCAUCACCUCGCCCGUGGUGUCUGGAUACCUGACCCGACCCGUCUACAACAAGACGUGCCGGACAAUCUACCGCCACAUCAUCCGAUGUUCCCAUGGUCGCAACCAGUCCCCGUUCAUGGCGCAGCGCCCAUGCCUGCCACCAACGGGACCAUCCCUGGCCCGCCGUUUGCAAACAUGCUCGCUGGCAUAGGUGGCGGAAUCGAUGGGAAUUUUCCCCAAAAUGCACCUCAACCGCCACAAGUUCCGGAGACGGAUCAAGAUCGUUUGAGAUCCAUACUGGAGAUAGUCUGGGCACGCGUGAACAGACGAGUUCCGUCCUGGACCUGGGCAUCCCAUGACCUCUGGCAACGUGUACCUGCAGUGAACUCCCAAGUCCUUCUCACGUUACCUGUGGAAGCGGUAUCAGUGACGCAAAGGCUCCAAGUAUUGGCCGCCCAUUAUGCCAUGCUCAUUCAAGAACCUUCGACCAGGACCCCCGAACACUGGCUCUUGGUGCGCCGGAGUACUAUUCCGCUGAUUGGAGAUCUCGUCGACGUCCCCAUAGAAUGUCCGUGGGAUUUGGCUCAAGCUGGGCCGUCGAUAUUCCGAGCGACUGUGCACGGCCCAGAGAUCGAUCCGGCGUUGAGCAGCCAGUCUUCAAUGUCGACACUGAACGCUGCCACCGGCCUGGCCUCUACUACAGGCAGAGACCUACAAUCAAUCUCUUCAGCAGCUUUGACCGCAACUAACGACUUCUGGCAAGUGGACCUGAGCCAACCCUCGCAGAAUCCGACGCCUCAAACGCCGAUGGAUCGUCGACCAAGUCGUGGCUCCUUGACCAGCCCUUCGGAAGGACCUCUUUACUCGGCCACGCCUUCCAUGAAUGUUUCUCCUUUCCACGCGGGUCCUCCAACACGGCCGCCAAAACGGCCGCCAACACAGCCUCGACACCAGCAGCACACUGCCACGCAAUCAGAUGAUUUCUCCGAACUUUUCAAUGACCUGGACGAUAAUGAAGAAGAGACCUAG